AUGCUUGAACUGCGGCUGCCGCUGCUGCCGCUGCUGCUGUCCUGCGGGGCUGCCCUGCUGGCUGCCGACCUCACGACCAGCGACGCCUCAGACCUGGCCACGGAGGGCGAGGGCGGCCAGCAGUCCCCCGGGGACCAGGGCUGGUGCUCCACGUGGGGGGCCGGCCACUUCUCCACCUUCGACCACCACGUGUACGACUUCUCGGGGACCUGCAACUACGUCUUCGCGGCCACGUGUGCCGACGCCUCGCCCUCCUUCAGCGUCCAGCUGCGCCGGGCGCCCAACGGGAACAUCUCCAGGAUCAUCGUGGAGCUGGGGGCCUCGGUGGUCACCGUGAACAAGGCCACCACCAUCUCCGUCAAGGACGUCGGGACGGUCAGCCUGCCCUACACCAGCAACGGGCUCCAGAUCACCCCCUACGGCCGGAGCGUGCGCCUGGUGGCCAAGCAGCUGGAGCUGGAGCUGGUGGUCACGUGGGGGCCGGACGCCUACCUCAUGGUCCAGGUGGAGAGGAAGUACAUGGGCCAGAUGUGUGGGCUGUGUGGCAACUUUGACGGAAAGGCCACCAAUGAGUUUCUCAGCGAGGACGGCAAACUCCUGGAGCCCUACAAGUACGCCGCCCUCCAGAAGCUGGACGACCCCAACGAGAUCUGUGCCUAUGAGGCCAUCCCCAGCACCUCCGUCCUCCAGGUCACGGACGCCCAGAACUGCACGCAGCUGCUGGACCUCGUGGCCCCCGAGUGCAGUGUCCCCAAGGAGCCCUUGGUGCUGAGCUGCCAAGUGGACAUGGCCACCUGCGCCCAGCCAGGCCAGCAGAACUGCAGCUGCGCCACGCUGUCCGAGUACUCCCGCCAGUGCAGCCUGGCCGGCCAGCCCGUGCAGCGCUGGCGGGGACCCGGCCUGUGCUCCCUGGGCCAGUGCCCCGCCAACCAGGUAUACCAGGAGUGCGGCGUGGCCUGCACCAGGACCUGCUCCAACCCACAGCACAGCUGCCCCAGCCCCUGUACUGCCGGCUGCUUCUGCCCGGAAGGCACGGUCCUCGAUGACCUCUCCAGCAACCACACCUGCGUGCCGAUCGCCCAGUGCCCCUGCAUGCUCAACGGGGCGGUCCACGCCCCCGGGGAGGUCACCAGGACCGCCUGCAGGACCUGCCAGUGCACCAUGGGCCGCUGGUCCUGCACAGAACGGCCCUGCCCCGGCCACUGCUCCCUGGAAGGAGGGUCCUUUGUCACCACGUUUGACGCCAGGCCCUACCGCUUUCACGGCACCUGCACAUACAUCCUCCUCCAGAGCCCACAGCUCCCGGACGAGGGCACCCUCAUGGCCGUGUACGACAAGUCGGGCUACUCGCACUCCGAGACGUCCCUGGUCGCCGUCAUCUACCUGUCCAAGCAGGACAAAAUCGUGAUCUCGCAGGAUGAGGUGAUCACCAACCACGGGGACGUCAAGUGGCUGCCGUACAAGAGCCGCAACAUCACGGUGUUCAGGCAGACGUCCUCUCACCUCCAGAUGGCCACCACCUUCGGGCUGGAGCUGGUCAUCCAGCUGCGGCCCGUCUUCCAACUCUACGUCACCGUCGAGCCCCAGUUCCGAGGCCAGACCAGAGGGCUCUGUGGCAACUUCAACGGCGACACCACGGACGACUUCACCACCAGCGUGGGCGUCGCGGAGGGCACCGCCUCCCUCUUCGUGGACUCCUGGCGAGCAGGGAACUGCCCGGCGGCCCUGGAGCGCGAGACCGACCCCUGCUCCAUGAGCCAGCUCAACAAGGUGUGCGCGGAGACCCACUGCUCGGCGCUGCUGCAGACGGACGGCGUGUUCGGGAAGUGCCACGCCGUGGUCAACCAGCCCUUCUACAAGAGGUGUGUGUACCAGGCCUGCAACUACGAGGAGACCUUCCCCCACAUCUGCAGCGCGCUGGGUGACUACGCCCACGCCUGCGCCUCCCAGGGCGUCGUGCUCUGGGGCUGGAGAAGCAGCGUGGACAACUGCACGUCCCCCUGCACGGGCAACCGCACGUUCAGCUACGACAGCCAGGCCUGCAACCGCACCUGCCUGUCGCUGUCGGACCCCACGGCCGAGUGCCACGCCAGCGCCGUGCCCGUGGACGGCUGCAACUGCCCCCAGGGCACCUACCUGAACCACAAGGCGGAGUGCGUGCGCAAGGCCCAGUGCCCCUGCCUGCUGGAGAGCAACAAGUUCAUCCUGGCCGAGCAGUCCACCAUGGUCAACGGGGCCAUCUGCUACUGCCUCAGCGGACGGCUGAGCUGCCCGGGGCAGCCACAGAUGCUGCUGGCUUCCUGCCCGGCCCCCAAGACCUUGGAGACCUGCAGCCAGACCUCCGAGAACAAGUACGGGGCGGCGUGCGCCCCCACCUGCCAGAUGCUGGCCACCGGCAUCGCCUGUGUGCCCACCAAGUGCGAAGCCGGGUGUGUCUGUGCCGAGGGGCUCUAUGAAGACGCUAACGGGCAGUGUGUGCCCCCCGAGGAGUGCCCCUGUGAGUUUGCUGGGGUCUCCUACCCCGGGGGUGCCGAGCUCCACACCGACUGCAAGACCUGCACCUGCUCUAAGGGGAAGUGGACGUGCCAGCAGAGCGCCCACUGCCCGUCCACCUGCGCCCUCUACGGGGAGGGUCACAUGGUCACUUUCGACGGACAGCGCUUUGUGUUUGAUGGCAGCUGCGAGUACAUCUUGGCCACGGACGGCUGCGGAGCCAACGACUCCCGGCCCACCUUCAAGAUCCUGACCGAGAACGUCGUCUGUGGCAAGUCGGGAGUCACCUGCUCCCGCGCCGUAAAGAUCUUCCUGGGGGACCUGUCCAUCACACUAGCAGACAGAAACUACACGGUCAGCGGGGAAGACCCCUCCGUGUACUUCCGAGUGAAGCCCAGCUCCCUGAGCCUGACCCUGGACCUGGGCCUGCCCGGCAAGUACAACCUGACGCUGGUCUGGAACAAGCACAUGGCCGUGUACAUCACGAUCGAGCGCGUGUCCCAGGACGCGCUCUGCGGCUUGUGCGGCAACUACAAUGGCAACAUGAAGGACGACUUCGAGACGCGCAGCCAGUACGUGGCGUCCGACGAGCUGGAGUUCGUGAACUCGUGGAAGGAGAGCCCGCUGUGCGGCAACCUGCGUGCCGUGGCCGAGCCCUGCAGCACCAACAGCUUCCGCCUGGCCUGGGCCGAGCGCAAGUGCAGCAUCAUCAACAGCCAGACCUUCGCCGCCUGCCACAGCAAGGUGUACCGCAUGCCCUACUACGAGGCCUGUGUGCGAGACACGUGCGGGUGCGACACAGGGGGGGACUGUGAGUGUCUCUGUGACGCUGUCGCUGCCUACGCCAAGGCCUGCCUGGACAAGGGCGUGUGUGUGGACUGGAGGGCCCCAGACUUCUGCCCGAUCUACUGUGACUUCUACAACACGCACACGCAGGUCGACGGCAACGAGUACCAGUACACGCAAGAGGCCAACUGCACCUGGCACUACCAGCCCUGCCUGUGCCCCGGCCAGCUGCAGAGCUUCCCGGAAACCAACAUCGAAGGCUGCUACAACUGCUCCCAGGACGAGUACUUCGACCACAACGAGGGGACCUGUGUGCCGUGCGUGCCGCUGUCCACCACGCCCACCACGCCGCUGUCCACCACGCCUACCACAUCACCGUCCACCACGCCGCCAUCCACCAUGCCUCUGUCUACCACGCCCACGACGCUGCCGCCCACCACAGCCACGCCGCGACACACAGUGACACAGGCCACGAGCCUGCCGCAGGCAUCCUCCCCGAGACCUGCCACCAGCUCCACAGCACAGCACACAGCGCGCACCACGGACACGGCACCGAGCCCCGCACAGACGGCGACCACUCCCAUGCAGGGUGAGUCACAGGCAGGCGGGAGGGCACACAGCGCAGCCCCAGGGAUGGCUCUGGACAGCAGACACGGCGAGCAGACGCAGGCCCACAGGCGCUCACGAAGCACCCAGGCCAGCAGUGUGCACAGGUCGAGCACCACAGGCCCCAGGCAGCGCUCAAGAACCCCAGGGCUCUGUGACAGGAACGCUCGCCAGGGCACCAGAGGCCGGAGAACAAGGGGGAGGGACGGGGAGAAGAGGCUGGGCAGGCAGGAGAGGAACGAGCACAGCGGACGGCAAGCGGGGACCCCAGAGGUAACGAGUGCACCACCUGCUUCCCCCAGCAAACUCCACACAGCAAACCCCAGAGACAACUGCCAGCCACAGGACAACGAGCACAAAUCCAACUCCCGCCCCCAGCACCGGGCCAUCCUCAACCACACACAAAACAGGAACCGUCACACAUCCCACACAAACGCCAAAGACCACAGAGAGAACACCAUACACAGAACCCACGACCAGUCCCACCAUCACCGCAGAUACCACCACCAGGGCCACAACCACAACCUCAACCAGCACCACCACCGCAGGCACCAAGAACACGUUGCCAGUGGCGACGGCGAACACAGAGGCACAGAGUUCCCACAGCACAGCCACGACCGCGGUCUCUGCAAGGUCAACCCCUGCUUCCACACCGCACCACCAAUCCACACCAGCGCCACCUACCACGGCCACAACCAGUACAGCAGUCCCCACGCCCACCACCACCGCGCCCCCUACUACCACCCUUAA